AAUACGGAAGAGCUUAACCCAGGACCAGAUUACCCUUAAUCGUGUGGUAUUGCGCGGUUGUCUGUUAAAAUAUGUCUUUUCGUAAUAUUUCCAAAGAGGCACUGGCUGGAUCCCUCACACUUGGAGUUGUUUUAAUCGCCGGUUAUUUUCUUGGGAAAAGAAAAUCUCCCAGGAUGAGCAUCUCCAAAAGUCACGGCAAGGGAAAAGACAACCCACUGAUGCAAUACGUCCUCAGUCACUCAAUGAGGGAGCAUCCGGCCCUGAAAAAGCUCCGACUAAGGACAAUGGAAGAGUCCAUGAGCAUCAUGAUGGUUGCCUGUGAGCAGGCGCAGUUCAUGGCCAAUCUGGCAAAACUAAUUAAAGCCAAGAAAGCAUUGGAGAUUGGAGUAUACACAGGCUAUAACACACUGAACAUUGCACUGGCUUUGCCUGAUGAUGGAGUUAUGGUGGCAUGUGAUAUCAGUGAAACCUACACCAACAUUGGCAAACCUUUCUGGAAAGAGGCUGGAGUCGAUCAAAAAAUUGAUCUCCGCUUACAGCCAGCAGUGAAAACUCUAGAUGAUCUCCUGACAGAUGGCCAGGCUGAAACAUUCGACUUUGUCUUCAUUGACGCAGACAAAGUAAACUAUGACAACUACUAUGAAAAGUCUCUGCAACUGCUGAGGAAAGGAGGCGUCAUCGCUGUCGACAAUGUGCUGUGGGGUGGAAAAGUGUUGGAUCCAAGCCCUGACGACCCAGACACUGUGGCCAUCGACAGGCUGAACAAGAAGCUGCACAAAGAUACUCGAAUCAGCCUGAGCAUGCUCACAGUGGGAGAUGGGCUGACAUUAGCUAUCAAAUUAUAGGACAGAUAACAAAUAAGUGCAGUGGUUUAAAAGCUUUGGAAAAUAACUCUGGGAUAUUGUAUGUAAAGUUUUGUGAACUAUUGGAUAUAUGAUCUGAAACAUCGGAAAUUAUAGAUUGCUGUAUCGCUGCUGCAAGUAAUUUAAGUGCCAGUUUUAUAACCUCAGAAUCUGUAACUUAAUCAUUUUACAGUUUCAAGAAAAAGUGCAGUCUUCUAGUUAAAACGAUUUAAUAAAAAAUUAACUUCA